AUGACAUCAAUGCUGAAGAGCUACAUGGGGUUCACCGACCCCGCGGGGGAAAGGGUUCCACAGGAAACCUCACCUGCCAGAGCUCUCCCAGCCAAUUGGUACACUUCCAAAGAGAUGUAUGAGCUUGAACGACGAGCAGUGUUCUCCAGAAAAUGGCUCUUGACCACACACAAACUACGUCUCGCCAAGACGGGCGACUACUUGAAAUACGACAUCGCCGGAUUCCCAUUUAUCAUUGUGCGCGACCGCGACGGCAAUAUCAACGCAUUCCACAACGUCUGCCGUCAUCGCGCAUUUCCCGUCGUCGCUGAUGACGCAGAUAGCGGAACCACUCGAAUUUUUGCCUGCAAAUAUCACGGCUGGUCGUAUGGCUUGAACGGAAAACUCGCCAAAGCGCCCGGCUACCAGGAGCUGGAGGGGUUCGAUAAAUCGCAGAAUGGACUGUUCACUAUCCACGUUCAUGUGGAUGGAAACGGGUUUAUUUGGGUCAAUCUUGAUAGCGCCGAGAAGCCGGAGAUCUCAUGGGAGGAGGACUUCAAGGGUAUUGACUUGCAGCCGCGGUUCCAAGACUUUGAUUUCAGUGAAUACCAAUUUGACCACACCUGGGAGAUGAAUGGCGACUAUAACUGGAAGGUUCUCGCCGACAACUAUAAUGAAUGCUAUCACUGCCAAACGGCUCAUCCUGAUGUUCCCUCGGUGGCUACUCUCGAGGCCUACGACGUUGAUACGAAGAACGCAAGCAUAAUCCACCACCCCGGCGCAACGGAGGAGCAGCUCGCAAAAGGCAUGAAUAUUUGCAGCACCUACUACUUCCCCAAUGCGUCCAUGACUGUCUCGCCACAUUUCUUCUUUAUGCAACGCUUCGUUCCCACUACACCAACUAGCUGUGUUAUGCGCUAUGAAGUGUACCGUCACAAGGACGCAAGCGACGAGGAAUUCGACCACGUCAAUCAGAUGUUCAAGCGGAUCAUGGCCGAAGAUAAGGAACUCUGCACACGAGCCCAGGCCAACUUGAAUAACGGCGUCUUUGUCAAUGGAGAACUUCACCCAAAACUGGAGAAGGGACCCCUCUAUUUCCAGAGUGUUAUCCGAGACAUUGUCGUUGAUUUCCAUAAACGCGAGGAAGGUAUUGGUCGGGAAGUUUGGCCAUCCCGACAGGCUCUUCCUGCGACUGCUACCACCAGUCAGGAGGACAUGGAUUUCUGCACCAAUUUGACCACUCAGAAGCAGGGGGCUGAUUGCUCUACACAGGCCAGUGGGUGCUGUGGGGGAGGAUGCCAGACAGCUGGCAAUCAGGCGCUUGCUUACUGA